CGUCCUCUGCUCCAAAUCCCCUCGAGAAUUCGAUCUCGCACUAUCGAGCAAGAACACCGGUUUCAAGCUCGAGGGCGUCGAAGAAGAGAUUAGGGUUUUUAUCCAAUCCGAUUUAGAUCCUGGCAUACAACAAACAUUCCAAACCGAUGUCUAUAUGGGCGCGCUCUCCACCAAUCUAUUCGGGGAGGCUUCUCAUUUGGUCUCCCAGGCUCCCGUCCACCCACGACGUCGUUUCUCAGAAUUUCUGUGAGAUUCCAUUGGGGACGGUUUGUGUUACUGAUUUGCAGUUCAAAGGCAGAGGUCGAUCGAAGAACGUGUGGGAAUCACCCCCGGGUUGUGUUAUGUUUUCCUUCACUUUGGAGAUGGAGGAUGGACGCAAGCUUCCGCUCUUGCAGUAUGUCGUCUCUCUAGCGAUCACUGAGGCAAUCAAGGAUGUGUGCCGAAUGCAAGGCUUGCCAGAGUUGGAUGUCAGAAUAAAGUGGCCUAAUGAUCUGUACUUAAAUGGGCUUAAAGUUGGAGGAAUUCUUUGCACUUCAACUUACAGAUCAAAGAAGUUCCACGUUUGUGCUGGUGUUGGCUUGAACCUCGAUAAUGAAAAACCAACCACUUGCUUGAAUGCAGCACUAAAAGAAAUGAUUUCUGAUUCAGGUCAAAUAAAAAGAGAAGACUUAGUUGCAGCAUUCUUCAACAAAUUUGAAAAUCUCUUUGAAGUUUUCUCUGGUCAAGGUUUUCAGGCACUUGAGGAGCUGUACUAUCAGACAUGGUUGCAUAGCGGCCAGAAAGUCGUCAUAGAAGAGAAAAACAAUGGAUGCGUAGUAAACAUUGCUGUUAUUAUUCAGGGCCUGACACCCUCUGGAUAUUUAUUGGCAACUGAUGAAGAAAACAAAGAGUUUGAGCUCCACCCAGACGGAAACAGUUUUGAUUUCUUCAAGGGCCUGGUGAGGAGGAAGCUUGAGUGAGUAACAACUAUCUGAUGCAACAGAUGCCAGCAGAUUCUCAAUAACCUUGAUACUUAGCAUGGGUGUUUUGGAUGAGUUUGUUUAGAUAGUCUUAUAAUUUAUGUUUUCAAGUGUGAGUAGGGAUGACAAUAUCACAGAUAUGUUGUGAAAAAUACAAUUUCCAAACAUAUGCUACAGAUUGUUAAUAAACUAAAUAUUUGCUUGAA